AAAGGAAAACGCGCAGCAAUGCCUUGGCCUGCAGCAAACUCCACUCAAGCUUCUCCAAAAUAGACGCACAAUCACAGACACUGUCUUCCUCUUCUACUGCUACUAAAGCCCCAAUCCAAAAAAACCUUAAUUUUAAGCUCUCUCAAUCUCUCCUCUACCAGUAUCAGACGCCUAUACACAUUCACAGCUGGGUUUUCCUUUUCUCUCCCAGAACCAGAUGAAUCAUUCAAAACCCUGAAUCCCAUCUUCUUAAAUCCUCAAAACCAUCUCAUCAGAAUGAUAAAUGGUGGUUGUGAUGAUGAUGCAGCCGCCGCCGCUGACUUCCUCUGGACUGCCUACACAGCCCAAUUCCUCCACACUUAGAUCCCCUACAACCCCUACUCAAUCCCCUAUUUCUCUCGCUCCGCUCUCCAUUUCUCACCGCCAACCGCUGUCUGCUGAUCAUGUAAUCGCUCCGCCCAUUACUGCUGUGCAACAGUCCGGCGACCCAGCGCUGAUGCUGGCAAGGGUCAGGCUAUCUGAUAUAGUACCAUUUGAUGGGGCUCCGGCCGGACCUUAUAUGAAGGCGGUAGAGGCGCUUUCUGGGUCCUUGAUGAGGCAUAAUGCUGUGGUUAUUGAACUAGGCAGUGACGACGCUGCGCUUAUGAGGUGUGGGUUGGAAGCGGCGCGCAUGUUUUUCAGGACUCGGGUUCCGAGCGUAGGCAGUAAGGGAGGCAGCCGUGGGGUAUACAUGUACAGGGCUGGAAGGGCUUUGGAAGAUUAUGAUUCAUCUCCUCCAUGCAUGGCAGAAAUAUUUAGAUGCAUGGGAAAGGCAGCUCGUGCUUCUCUAUGUGCAAUAGCAAGGCAUCUUCGUCUGCGAAGCGAUGUUUUCAAUCAUUUACUUGACGAUACCCCGUUACCUGCAAAUGAGGUGUCCUCAUCAGUGCUUCUUGCCACCUAUUCCCUUGCUUCCUUGCAAAAUGGAAAGGGGGCUAUUGGAGGAGGGAAGCCAACAGUUAAUGGUGAAGUUGAGAAGGGAUUAUUAACGCUGGUAUCUUCAGAUAGCCCUGGUCUACAGGUUUGUGACCCCAAUGGUCGGUGGUACCUGGCAGAUUGUGGUUCAACUCCUGGGGAUCUUUUACUGAUUACUGGCAAAGCACUUAGCCAUGCUACUGCUGGCCUUCGUCCUGCUGCUUCAUAUAGAGCUGCCCCUGAUUACUCAUCUGGCACAAACAAUGGUGGGAGGACAUCGUUAGCAUUUAGGCUUAUGCCACAGGGUAAUGCCAUAUUAGAUUGCUCUCCAAUUGCAGCAGCUGGUCAUGUCAUUCCUCAAAGCUAUGUGCCAAUAUCUGUGAGCCAGUUUAUGGAUGACCUUUCUGCUGAGGAGGAUGUAAUGUGCAAUCGACAUGAAAAUAACCUUGUUGGUCAUUAUAACUUGAAUAAAGAACCAUCAUUAAGAAGUGUGCUCUCAGAUCCAUUAUCUGGUGCAUUCCUUGAAGAUGCAGUGUUUGUCUCAUGUGGACAUUCCUUUGGUGGUCUUAUGCUAAGAAGAGUCCUUGAAAUGUCAAGAUGUACCCUUUGCAAUUCAGAAAUUGAGGCUGGGUCUUUGAUUCCUAAUUUUGCUCUGAGAGCAGCCGCAGCAUCCAUAAAGCAGGAGGAUGAUCGGAGGCUAUUUCAUAAUGCAGCUCUUCGAAAGCGUCGCAAAGAAAUGGGUGACCAAACAGAUUCAGUGAGAAGAUCAAGCAGGGAGAAUGGAGAUAUUGCUGCAGAUGAUGGCUUGCUUAAGGGAGUGCAGUAUCCUUUUUCUGUCAAUGAGAAAGUAGUAAUUAAGGGAAAUAGGAGGACACCGGAAAAGUUUGUUGGAAAGGAAGCAAUUAUCACCUCACAAUGUCGCAAUGGCUGGUACUUGCUUAAAAUUAUUGGAAGUGGUGAGAAUGUUCGUCUGCAAUACCGCUCUCUUAGGAAAAUUCUGAGCUCUCAGGCCAUUGAAGAUAGAUGUCCUGCAAUGCCAAUUCAAAAUACCAACUCGUAAAUUUAAAUUUCUGCAGGUAAAAUUAUAAUCUCCGUGGAGCGCGAUACGUAUAAAUAUAAUACAUAUCUUCCUGUUCUUGCCAAGAAUGUGAUAUGGUUUCUUCCAGAUUACCGAAUCUGAAUAUGUAGCUAGGGUUAGAGGUUAGGUUAUAGUUCUGCAUUUAGCAGCAUGUAGAGAGAGGGGAUUUCUGGUAACACGGCCUGCUUUGUAACACGAGGGUAUGUGUAAUUUUCUUUUAAUUGUAUUUUUAUUUAUUUUUUUCUUUUAUUAGAAGAAAGCAGCAUCUUCUCUUA